CGUUACAACAAGCCAAUGGAUCAUCACAGAGAUGGUGAAAACAAUGAUCAAAGAAAAGGAAACCAAAGACAACGAGAUGCUACUCAAGAUAAUCUCGAUUGGUACAAGGUAGAGCCUCCUAGUUUCUCUUCUCUUUUGCCAAUGCCGGAAAACAGCCAGUUUUCUUUCCCGGCCACCCUCCCUCAGCCGGAAAACCGCCUUCCCACCUUCCCUCAAAUCCCAUACAACCCAUACACCACUAUCCAGAAAACCGCUUUCGCGAAUACCACCUAUGAUCCAUCCCUUGAGGCUGAUUUCGGUCGCCUCAAUCUGUCAACUCCCUCUCGUAACUCUCAAGGUCUCGGUUUUGAUCGUUCUUUCCUCCGAAACCUAUCGGAUUCUUCGCUCAACGCGGGUUUUCCCCAUAACUCAGGCUCCCAGUUGGAUUGUACUGAUUUGAAUUUGCAGAGACUGAGAGUUGAGUCUGCGGUGAGGGGGCAGACGGGUUUGUACAUGGAUCCCCACGGGUUCUCGGACUCGGGCGAGGAGCUGUUCGAUGGCUUCGGACUCACUGGGUUGAAUCCGGGUUCUCUGAGUUACGUUCAGUACAACAAUGGAUUGGGGUAUGGUUUAAACAGGUGGAAUAAUCGUGUGAACCCAGACGGGUUUUACGAUGUGGGUGGGUACGGGCAGGGAGCUCCGAGCAACCCGAGCAGAAACGGGUUUUCAUCCCUUUACGGCGCAGGUUACGGAGCUCCGACCGGCUCAAACAACAGAAACGGUUUUCCAUCCGCAUGCGACAUGGGUUACGGAGCUCCGGCUAAUACGAGCAGCAGAAACGGGUUUUCAUCGGCCUACGAUACAGGCUACGGGGCCCCGUCUAAUACCAACAGCAGGAACGGGCUUCAAUCGGUCUACGGGACGGGUUAUGGGGCUCCGGCCAACUCCAACAGAAACGGUUUCCAACCGGUCUACGAGGCGAACAGGAACGGGUCCCGGGCCGACAACGGGUUCCGUCGCCGGGGGAGAUCCGGCACCGGAUCCGUGGCCGACAAGUCGGGCGGGUCAAGUUCGCCCUCUGCGAACGGCAACAGCCAACUCGGCUCGCUGUCGGAGCGCCUGAGCGCGAUGCCGUUCGAGCAGUGGAGGGGCAACAUCGUCUUCCUGGCCAAGGAUCAACACGGGUACGCGUUCUUGAAGAAGAAGAUUGAGGAGAAGAAGGAGGAGGAGAUAGAGUUGAUCUUCUUGGAGGUGAAGGAUCACGUGAGGGAGCUGAUGGUGGAUCAGUAUGGGAACUAUCCAAUCCAGAAGCUUUUCGAAGUCUGCAGUGAAGAUCAGAUGACUCAGAUGCUUCUCCUGGUGGUCAGUGAGGAGCAUUACCUCAUGAGUAUUUGUGUUGACACCCAUGGAACUCGAGCAAUGCAGAAAAUGCUGGAACAUCUCACCGCGCCAGAGCAAGUGUCCUUAGCUAUGUCGGUGAUAAGCCGCAUUGCCCUCGUCUUGACCAAGAGCAUGUCUGGUUAUCGUGUGAUUGAACGUUGCUUGAAAUCGUUCACUAACGAGCAAAAUAGGCAACUUCUAUACGUAAUAGCAGAUAAUUGUGCUGAUAUAGCAAUGGAUCAAGCCGGGUGCUGUGUGUUGCAACAAUGUGUGUUACAUGCUGAGGGAGAGGCCCAAGAACGUCUCAUCUGCGGAAUAAUCGCGAAUACGCUCAUCCUCUCGGAAAAUAUUUAUGGAAACUAUGUUGUGCAAUAUAUACUAGGAUUGAAGGUGCCACAGUUCACAGAGAAGAUAAUGGCACAGCUUGCGGGUAGUUAUGUUUCUCUCUCCAUGAAUAAAUAUGGAAGUAACGUGGUGGAGAGAUGUAUCAGAGACUCUAACGAAGAGCAGGCCGCGCGAAUUAUCAGGGAGAUUUACGAUAGUCCGAAUUUCUUGAUGGUGCUCCAGGACCCUUUUGGUAACUAUGUGACUCAAACCGCGCUGGAGAUAGCAAAGGGAGGUCUUCGCCAUACGAUCUUAACCCUCAUUCAGCACCACCACCCUUACCUGCACAGCCACCCCCACGGCAAGAGGGUGCUUGCAAAAACUAGAGGCAACGGAAAACACCACCGCGGGUACGAAUACAGAAGGUAGAUUUUUUUGAAGGACUUUGUUUUCAAAAAAAAAAAUGAAAGCGUUUCAAAAAAAUUCGUGGCUAGCUCCAACCCCUAUGUCGCAUGUCCUAGUAUGUUAGUUAUGUGUUGUUGCUGUUUUUUUUUUUUCGUUGUAGGGUUGAGUCUGUUUGUGUUUUUCCUAUGUUGAAGUUGUCAUCUGUUGUAGGGUAGGAAAAUAAGGGGGACCCACUAGGGUCUUCCUGCUGUUGCUUGUUAUACAUUAUUAUUAUUAUUAUUCGUCUAUGUCUGAAUUGUGUUUUGUGUA